GAAGUUUUUUCAUUGGAAUAAAAGUUCUGCCAUUACCAAAAUAAUAUCAAAAGCCCUUCCUUUUUUGUUCUACACAACCAUGGCUUUGGGCUCUUCAUCUACUUGUUGGUUUUUGCGCUAUUAUUCAUAGUGGGCAUCGGCUAAUUUCGCCGUUUUUGACUAUUUGUUCAUUCUUAUCGGUGUUAUUGGGAGCUGCUCGUUGGUGGGUAGGAGAACCUUGCCUAAACAUUUACCUAUUUUGGGGAAUGGACUGGCAUCUUUUCCCUGCCAUCAAGAUUUACAAAUGAUGUUCAGGGGACUAAAGCCUGGAAAUUCUCUUGGCAUAUUGAAGUGGAGAUGGGGUCGUGAAUCCUCUUUGACGACAGGCUUACUAGGUGAUGUAUCUUCUGAGAUUGAGUUGUCUGACUAUGGAAGAGUUCCGCCAAGUCCAAGUAGUGAUAGUCCUUCGGGGCUUCUGAAUGGUGAGACUCAGAAUGUAGAACUAAUUGCUGACUUGGACUUGUUCUUCGAACGGCUCUAUAGCUACUACUGCGAGAAAGGGCUUUGGUGCAUGAUUAUUAAAUGGAUUGUCGAACUUUUGAGCCUGGGCUUUACUAUAUCUUUCUCAGGGUUCUUCCUAUUAUUUGUUGAUUGGAAUGGUCUCUGCAAUGCCAAGUGCGGGAUGGAUGCAGUCGAGUCUGGAACUAAGCCGUGUGAUCUUGCUAAGGAAGCUCUUCACCAACACCCAUUAACCCCUUUAACACUUUCAAAGGCUAUUAUUGUUGGAUACUUGGGGCUCUUUUCCAUCUACUGGAUAUUCUGUUUUUUGAGAUAUUUUGCACAACUAAAGGAUACCCUUGGAAUACGACACUUCUAUUAUAACAGUCUCCAUGUUACUGAUAAUGAGAUUCAGACCAUGCCGUGGGCAACAAUCCUUGAAAAGGUUGUCUGGUUACAAAGUUCACAACAACUCUGUGUGGUUAAGGAUCUUUCUGCGCAUGACGUAGUUAUGCGAUUGAUGCGGAAAGAGAACUACUUGAUUGGAAUGCUUAACAAAGGAGUGUUUGCUUUUCCUUUACCAGCCUGGGUCCCAGGUGUCGGUCCAACUGUCAAAUUUGGCCCUUAUGGAACGCAACAUCGCCUAAUGCUAACAAAGAUGCUUGAAUGGACCUUAAAUUGGUGUAUGCUGCAGAGCAUGUUUGAUCGAAACUUCUGUGUUAGAAGGGACUUCAUUUAUAAUCCUAGAACAUUGAAGAAGAGACUCAUGGUUGUCGGGCUUGUGAUGCUUAUUCUUUCUCCAUUCCUUGUUAUAUUCAUGCUGGUUUAUCUCUUCUUAAGGCAUGCUGAACAAUUCUAUAAUCAUCCAAGCACGGCUUCAUCCCGCAGAUGGUCAAAUUUGUCGAAGUGGAUGUUUAGGGAAUUCAAUGAGGUUGACCAUUUAUUCAAGCAUCGGAUUAAUAGCAGUGUAAUGCAUGCUUCUGAGUAUUUAAACCGGUUCCCCUCACCAAUUAUUUCUAUCAUAGCGAAGUUUAUCUCAUUUGUAUCUGGUGGCUUUGCUGCUAUCUUGAUCAUCAUUGCCUUUUUAGAGGAAUCUUUGCUAGAGGGUCAUAUAUUCGGUCGGAAUUUGUUUUGGUACGCAGCUGUUUUUGGAACCAUAACAGCUAUUAGCCGGGCUGCCGUUACUGAUGAAAUUUUGGUCCUUGAUCAUGAAGGAGCAAUGUCUAUGGUAGUCCAACAUACACAUUACAUGCCAAAGAGAUGGGGUGGUAGAGAAAACACUGAAACCGUCCGUAUAGAGUUCGAAACUCUAUUUCAGUACACUGGAAUGAUGUUGCUAGAAGAAAUGACCUCGAUAUUCCUCACUCCAUUCUUGCUUAUAUUUGUUGUUCCAAAGCGGGUGGAUGACAUUUUACAGUUUGUUGCAGAUUUUACAGUGGAUAUUGAAGGUGUCGGACAUGCUUGCAGUUUUAGUGCCUUUGAUUUCUCAAACCAUGGCAAUGAAAAUUACGGCUCUCCGCACAAUGCACCUCGCGCUCAGAGGAGUUCCCAAGGGAAAAUGGAGAAAUCAUUCUUGAGUUUCCAAAGUAGCUAUCCUUCGUGGGAACCGGAUGCUCGGGGUAAGCAGUUCCUGUCGAAUAUUAGAACUUCCAGGGACCAAAAGUUUCAAACUCAGGGAACUAGACAUGCAUCUUCUCCCGGUAGAUUGUGGCAAGCAAGCCCUCCGAGAGCAUACAGAGAUAGAAAUGGUCUUUCAUCAAGGGAUAUGCAACAUGAUAUUCCAGGCGCUGGCCGCAAUUUUGGUUCUUUAUGGGUAGUUGAUGCUGAACAAAAGAAUCAGGCAUAUCUUCUUGAUUGGUAUUAUACCACCUCUCGAGCUCGCCGUGCAACUGGUUAUAGGGGGGAGACUGCUCCAAUGAGGCCAUCUGAACCAGGUGACCAACGGUAUGGAGAUUAUUGGGUGCCAACCAACAUGACACAUGAUGAAGCAAGAGAUGAAGACUGCUGGUCACACCGUUACGAUGGUCGGUCACGGUUGCACGCACAUCUUGAAGCUUCAUCAUCGGCUUCUUUCUUCCAUGAGAGUGUUCUCCAGCAUCACGAUACAAACGAACUACCUCACCAUGCAAGGAGCCACUGGUGGGCUAGAAGCAAUUCACAUAGUAUACAGCCCGAAACAAGCUUUCUCGAGCCUCCUGAUUUCAACCGCUUUUCUUCAGACCGUCAGUUUGAUAACUUAUCUGAGAGAAGUGUGGAAGAGGAAGAUCAAUUCCUUGAUUUGAGGCCUUCUCGGAGGUUAUCUCGGUCAACGUACAUGGAUGAUCUUGAAGCCGGAGGAGGGGAUAUAAGUCUUCAUUUUGAUGAUAUAUAUAGCAGACCUCCUGAAACUCCCACCGUAAAUUCGAGGGCCCCGAGCUCGGAUUUAUCGAAAUGAAUGGGAAUGCCAAUGGGUUUCCAUUGUUGGACUAGGGUUUAGUUUUAUGAAGGAAACUCUCUAUUCUUUUGCUGUAUAUAGAUUCAUCAUGAGAAUCAGAUUC